AUGGCUCGAAUACUUACUUUCGUCCACAUAGCUGGCGUUUUUGUUUUUCCGUUGCUUUUCAGGCUUACUCUCGGAGCAGCCAUACUUCCAAGGGCAGACGGUGAUGUCUGGACUUACCUGGGCUGCUACACCGAUUCGGUAGGAGGAAGAACCCUCUCUCAGACCGGGUAUACACUAGGCGGUCCAGGAAAUAUGACGGUUGCCAACUGUCAGGAUGGGUGCUCCUCCGCGGGAUACUCGCUUGCCGGAGUUGAAUACAGCGGCGAGUGCUGGUGUGAUAACCAGCUGCGAAACAACGGUGGUCCAGCUCCAGAUGGAGAAGCAAUGUGCUCGAUGCCUUGCAAUGGCAACCAUGAAGAAAAAUGUGGAGGGCCCGGUCGAUUGAAUCUAUACCAAGAUACCGCGGUCAAGCCAACAAGCACCAUGGUUACCUCCUCUACCCCUUUAACUGAAACUGCAUUACCAACGGACACCUCGUCCCCAGAGCCAAGCCAGGGGCUACCAGAGGGCUGGCAGUAUGCUGGCUGCUACAAGGACAACGUCAACGGAGGACGUGUCAUGGCCAAGCUACUGCCAGAUAGCGCAAGUCUCACAAUCGAAUCAUGUAUUGCCAUGUGUGUCAAGUUGGGGUACUCCGUCGCGGGAGCUGAAUAUUCUCGACAAUGCUUCUGUGACAAUUACGUUAGGAAUGCUGCCCCAUUGGGAAAGGAGUCAGAGUGUUCAAUGAGCUGCAGCGGCAAUGCACAACAGAAGUGCGGUGGCCCUGAUCGUUUGAGUGUAUACUCAAAGGGCAAUUUGACUGUCCUUCCCAUCCCAGUUCCCCAGACGGAAGGGCUACCCGGAGGAUGGAAGUAUCAAGGAUGUCUCCAAGAUAAUGUUAAUAGGAAAAGGACUUUCCCAUAUCAGAUAGUGGACAAAGCAAAUAACAGUGCAACCAACUGCCUCAGCCGUUGCUCUAAGUUUGGAUUCGGAGCAGGCGGAAUGACAUACGGAGAGGAAUGCUUUUGCGGGGACUUUGAGGAUAUUGCUGCCGCCGGUGCCAAGCUAGUACCCGAGAGCAUGUGCAGCCAAUCUUGCACUGGAAAUGCAACUGCUAUUUGCGGUGCCGGCAACUUGAUCACUUACUACAAAUGGAUGGAUGCACCGCUGCAGAAAUGGAAUCGCCCUACUGGAAUAGACGCCGGCCGCUAUGAGUUUCUAAUUGGUGGAGUGCUUGUUCCCCUUAUCACAACGGUAGGAAUCAAUGGCAAAAUCACUUUCCAGGAAAAGUCCGGAACAGGUGAUCCGAAUACUACCGGAGCAUACGAGUUUGACCCUGCCUAUGAUCACGAUUUCGACAAAGCCUGGCGCCCGAUGCAUGUUAAAACGGACAUUUUCUGCGCCGGGGGCCUUGUUCUUCCAGACAAGGUUGGUAGGCAGUUGACCGUCGGCGGCUGGUCUGGAAUAUCAACCCAUGGUGUCAGACUUUACUGGCCAGACGGCGCACCAGGAGAGCCUAGCAUGAACGACUGGCACGAAAGCCCAGAUGAUCUAAAGUUGCAGAACGGUAGAUGGUAUCCUACAGCCAUGACGAUGUCGAACGGCUCUAUCCUGAUCGUUGGAGGCGAGGAAGGAUCUAACGGUGCCCCUGUGCCGACUCUUGAGAUUCUUCCCCGUGUUGGCCCGGUUCUGUUCAUGGACUGGCUUCAGAGGACAGACCCUAACAAUCUCUAUCCGUACCUCACGCCACUCCCAAGCGGUAAUAUAUUUACUGCUUACUAUAACGAAGCAAGGAUCUUAGAUGAGAAAACGUUCGACACCGUGAGAACAUUGCCGAACAUGCCAGGAGCUGUCAACAAUGACGCAGGUGGACGCACAUAUCCCCUCGAAGGCACAAUGGUGCUUUUGCCACAGCGUGCCCCUUACACCGAGCCCCUUGGUGUCUUGAUCUGCGGUGGCUCAACACCAUACGGCGGUGAUGCUUUGGAUAACUGUGUUUCCAUCCAGCCAGAAGUUCCCAACAGCGACUGGGUGAUAGAACGAAUGCCUUCCAGAAGGGUUCUUACCUGCAUGGCUGGCCUCCCUGAUGGUACAUUCUUGAUCCUAAAUGGAGCGAAAAAGGGUGUUGCUGGCUUUGGCCUAGCCGAAGAUCCUAACUUUGGGGCUGUGUUAUAUGAUCCCUCAAUGCCAGUUAACCAACGCAUGAGUAUUAUGGCGAAUACAACCAUUGCGCGGAUGUAUCAUUCUGAAGCAACGCUGAUGCCAGACGGACGUGUCAUGGUAUCCGGUUCAGACCCGCAGGACACCCGAUUCCCUCAGGAAUAUCGUGUCGAAGUUUUCCUUCCACCGUAUCUUCUGUCUGGGGCCCGUCGUCCGACUUUCACUAUUACGAACAAGGAUUGGGCCUAUGGUGGGAAAUACAAGAUCCAGAUAACGUCCGGCAAUAUGGCAAAUAUCAAAGUGUCACUGAUGGGCAUGGUUUCCAGCACGCAUGGGAACAGCUUCGGCUCGAGGACUAUUUUCCCUGCCAUGUCUUGCUCUGGGACUACUUGUACUAUCACAGCGCCACCAGAUAGCCACACCAGCCCUCCAGGAUGGUUUAUGUUAUUCGUGCUGGAUGGCCCAACGCCCUCUAUGGCUUCCUUUGUCCGUAUUGGAGGAGAUCCAGGCCGCCUGGGAGAGUGGCCUGCAACUGGCGGUUUCCAGCUUCCGGGAGUUUAG